UCUUAUCGGCCAUCCCAGCAGCGAGAAGCCGAAGGAGGACCCUCAUCAAGGGGCAAAGGUCCAUGCCCCGGCGACCAUUUCAGUCCCGUGCUCCUGAACGCACCACCGACAUCUUGGAAAACUCCAAUAAUAAAAUAUCGUUCCUCGGGACCGGAUCCGGUUAGCUGCUUCUCUUCAUACGACACCGCGUCAUGGCAGAGCACCUGUCCCAGAGUGAGCUGGACUACCCGUUCAAACUUCUGGAGUAUUUCAACGGCUUCAGGGUCUCAAAGGUGAUAUUCUCGGCCUGUGAGCUGGGGGUGUUCGACCUCCUGCUGGGGGCCCCGGGGCCCCUCAGCGCACGCCAUGUGGCCCACGAGCUCCGCACCAGUGUGGACGGCAUGGAGCGGCUGCUGGACGCACUGGUGGGCAUGGAGGUGCUGGAGGUGGAGCCUGCAGAGGGGACAGCCCUGUACAGCAGCAGUGACGUGGCCAACCUCUACCUGGCCAGAGGCAGCAGCAAGUCUCUGCACCACAUGAUGACGUACCAGAACCAGACCGUGUACCCGCUUUGGACCCACUUAGGGGACGCCGUCAGGGAAGGAAGGAACCAGAAUGAAAAGACCUUUGGCCUUCAGCCAGAGGAUCCCUUCCAGGCCGUCUACAGGUCGGAUGAUGAGAUGCUGAAGUUCAUGGGUCUGAUGGACUCCUCGUGGAUCCUCGAUGGACACGACAUCGCGACGGCCUUCGACCUCUCCUGCUUCCAGAAGAUAGUGGACCUCGGAGGGUGCACCGGGGCUCUGGCCCGUGAGAUGGCGAAGGCGUACCCGUCCUCCAGCGUCUCCGUGCUCGACCUCCCGACGGUCGUCGACGCGGCAAAGAAAUAUUUCUCCCGGGAGAACGACGAUGUCGUGUUCCACAGCGGAGAUUUCUUCCUCGGGGACGUUCCUCCAGCCGACCUGUACGUUCUGGCCCGGAUCGUCCACGACUGGCCCGAAGAGAAGUGCCUCUCGCUGCUGAGGAAGCUCCACGACACCUGUAGACCAGGCGGCGGCGUCCUGCUGGUGGAGGCCAUGCUGCUGGAGACCCGGCGGGGCCCCCUCAUGGCUCAGAUCUUCUCCCUGAACAUGCUGGUGCAGAUGGAGGGUCGCGAGCGCCCGCCGUCGGGCUACACCCGCCUCCUCAACGACGCCGGCUUCCACGACGUUCAGGUGUGCCGGACCGGCAAGUCCUACGACGCCAUCCUGGCCGUGAGAUGAGCGUCGACCCCGUCCGACGCUUCAAGGCCUUGGAAGGGUUUGAACCCAGUAAAGCUCCGUUUCCAGUCCCGUGCACAUGGAUUCCCAGUGUGUGUCAGACCCCAGUGAUGCGUUCAGAUGUCUCUAAAGAACCGGAGUGAAAUGCUCAUUAGUUUUCCCGCUGACGGUCAGAUUAAAAUAUUAAUUCCACUCUUACGUCUGCCCGCUCAAAUUCGUUAGCUUAGCUUAGCAUAACGACUGGAGACAGGUAGAAACAGCUAGCCACCAGCACAUGUAAUGACCUCUAAUUAACAUGUGAUGUAUCUUUGUUUUAUACUAAAACUGAAGAGUAAAUGAAGUUAAAUGAUCAAUUAUAGAAAUGCAUGAAUAUGGCGGUGCGGAUGGUUUUUAUUAUUAUUUUUCUAAUCUUUUUUAAAAGUAAAAACGCCACCGUUGCCAGAGAGCAUCUCUACAUACUUUGUGUUUAAUUAUCCAUAAAUGGUAGAAGCAUCCAUAAAAUUACAUUUUAAAAGAAUAUAUUGUCUAUUUCAUCCAUUGAAAAGCAUAAAUCAUAUUUCUUUGAUUUCAAAUCAAAAUACCUGCUGUGGUUGAAUAUUAAUGUGUGUUCUUCAUCUGGAGCCAGAGAAGCUUUACUGUGUUGUGAUGUUAUCCAUAUUCAUCCUCAUUUCAGCUCUGAUAUUGAACCAGACGAGCUGCGAAUGCUAAAUAUCAAGACGUUUGAUGGAAACCUAUAAAAACGUUC